CGCGAAGCGAUCAAUAAGUAGUAGAGCCCCUGUUUUGUCAGAGACAGUUCUCAGAGGCAGAUCUAAUAUUUUUACGAUUAUAAACCUUAUGAGGUACAAUUGGAUUAAUUUGAUAGUUAAACGUUAUUAUCAAUUCGCGUGACCAAAAUAAUUUAUACUGUUUCACAGAAGAAAUGGCAUCUUUGGAAGACAGUUGGAAAGAAGCUACUGAAGAUUUUGAUACUUCAGUUUGUGACUCAUGGUUCGAGAGAUUGAAAGAAAUGUAUUCUGAAGAGAAACGCACUUAUCACAAUCUGGAUUCCCUUUGUGAGAAACUAUCUCAUUAUUAUGAGAUAAAAGACAACUUGAAGAAUCCUAAGGCACUGCUGCUUGCCUUAUUUUUUCAGAACUUUGAGUAUGAUCCAAAGGCACUCGAUGGAGAAGAUAAAAAUCUUGAGCAUUUCAACACCUUUGCGGAGGAAGCUGGCAUAUCAAAUGACAGCGAAUUGCAUUCAGAAACAUGUGCAUUACUAAAAGCAGCAGCAACUCAUAGUACUGAAGCACACAAGGUUGGGGGAGCUUUUGGGGGUGAGGAUGCUCAUUAUCUUUUGGAUUUGGAUAUGGCAGUUUUGGGUGCUGAGCCUGAAAGAUAUGCUGAAUACAGGGAACGAAUACGUGGAGAAUAUUCAUUCCUGAGUGAACCAAUGUACACAGCAUUGAGACUUAAGGUGUUGCAGAACUUUGUGCAGAUACCAAACAUUUUUGCAACAAAAGAAUUUCGCGAUAAAUUCGAAGAACAAGCCAGACAGAAUAUACAAGACGAAGUAGAGUUGCUCUCCUAGAAAUAUUCUUGUUGUUGUCCUAGCCGUGAUAAGUCCUUGCGAGAUUAAAUCCAGCCAAUUGAUUAAGUACGGAAUAACAAUUUUCAUGCUUCUUCGUAUGAACGUCUUUACAUCCGUGCGAUAUGUUACGGCAGGGCACGUUACGUCGAUGAAGAAAUUAGGUUCUGUUUUAAUGAAUAGUCGCAGAUUAGAUACAUGUUAAAACUUAUAGUAAAACUUUGUCUGCGAUUAGUUCUUUAGAACUGUAAAUCGUUAUUCUAUUACGCUUUUUUUCGGACACUUCAUUUAAAUGGUGCAGUUCGAGUUAGGUUUAGAGAUUGUGAGUCUCGAUUUUUGUAAUUUUUUUUGUCUCAAAUCUAAUGCUUGAUCGAGACUCUAAUGAAACUGAAGCUGAGCAUCGUUCGCGUAUAAAAUUUUACAUAUUGAUUGCUGUAAAAUUGACUAUCCGCCAUUUCCUUCUGUCCGAAUGUCACUGAGGAUCAUUCAAUUUUAUAAAUUGAAUGCCUUAGUAUUUCAAAUAUGGAUCCUAAUUAUAUUUCUGCGAGAAUCAGAACUGGGUUUUUUUUUUGAAACGCAAGCAGUUUAUAUGCUUUAAAACAUCUUGAAGUUUAUCAAUUACACAUUGAAAUUGCGUCUCGACAGAAUCGACUCUGUCACAAUAUGGAAUUAUUCGAAAAACAAGGAAUUCUAGACUCGCAAAGGAUUUGAAAUGAUAUACAGCUGUAUUUUUCUUGUAUUUAUAAAUAAUACAAAUGACUUAACGUAAAAUCGAAACAGACAAUACUGAAACAAAAAAAAGAUAUUACCUUUAUUAUUUUCCCGAGAAAUGUACCACCAACACUAAAUUACAAUGUACAUUAAAAUAAAUGUAAUAAAACAUAACUUUA